CAAAAGCAUGUGCUCCAGGGAAAGGAAUAUAGGACCCUAUUAUCCACCUGCCUUCUGCCCUGGCCCCUACAAAAUGACAACAGAAUUCUGGAGGCAGAGGUACAAUCAGAUCAGCUGUGAACAGCUUACAUAGCAAAUCUAAUAGAGCUGAUGUAGUAAUGAAUGGCUCCUCAUCGCCAGCUGUUGUUGACAGAAGUAAUGAAAGCAUUAAGCACAACAUCCAGCCAGCCUCGUCCAAAUGGAGACACAACCAGACGCUCUCUCUGAGGAUCAGGAAACAAAUUUUGAAGUUCCUGGAUGCUGAGAAGGAUAUUUCCGUCCUCAAGGGGACUCUGAAGCCUGGAGACAUAAUUCACUAUAUCUUUGACCGAGACAGCACAAUGAACGUAUCCCAGAACCUCUAUGAACUCCUGCCCAGAACCUCACCCCUGAAGAAUAAGAAUUUCCGGACUUGUGCCAUCGUGGGCAACUCGGGGGUCUUGCUGAACAGUGGCUGUGGGCAGGAGAUCGACAUGCAUAGCUUUGUCAUAAGGUGCAACCUGGCCCCGGUGCAGGAGUAUGCCCGGGACGUGGGGCUCAAGACAGACCUGGUGACCAUGAACCCCUCGGUCAUCCAGCGCGCCUUCGAGGACCUGGUCAACGCCACGUGGCGGGAGAAGCUGCUGCAGCGGCUGCACGGCCUGAAUGGCAGCAUCCUGUGGAUCCCCGCUUUCAUGGCCCGGGGCGGCAAGCAGCGCGUGGACUGGGUCAACGAGCUCAUCCUGAAGCACCACGUCAACGUGCGCACCGCCUACCCCUCGCUGCGCCUGCUGCACGCCGUCCGCGGAUACUGGCUGACCAAUAAAGUCCACAUCAAACGACCCACCACUGGCCUCCUGAUGUACACACUGGCCACACGUUUCUGCAAUCAGAUCUACCUCUAUGGCUUCUGGCCCUUUCCGUUGGAUCAGAACCAGAACCCUGUGAAGUACCACUACUAUGACAGCCUCAAGUACGGCUACACCUCUCAGGCCAGCCCCCACACCAUGCCCUUGGAGUUCAAGGCCCUCAAGAGCCUGCAUGAGCAGGGGGCAUUGAAAAUGACUGUCGGCCAGUGUGAUGGAGCCACGUAAGGUGGGCACCACGUGGGACUCGGAGGCUCACAUUUCCUGCCAGCUACACCUCAGGCAGAUGGGAGUCGGGGUGGCACAAACAAUAGAACAAGCAGGCUAGUGGUUUUCUUUGUUAAAGUGUAAAACAGUGACCAGAAUAUAUAUAUAUCUAUACCUGCAUAUAUAUAUUGACCUGAGUAUUUAUAACUGCGUGGUGUUCAUCUAGCAUUAGGCAGAUAAGCCACAAGAAGAAGGCGUGGAGAACCCACCUGAUAGAGAUUGAGACUCAGUCCAUCUUUGGGGGCAAAAGGACAUGAUAGGCUAAGAAGCCGGUCCCAUGACUUUGGAUGGCAACCAACCUCUGGGGUUGGAGGGAUCCUUGGGCUCACAGAUGAAUAGAGAGCCACCUGUGUUAGCUGCCCAAACCCCUGGGAUAUGUGGAUUCUGGCGGCCAAGACCCAGAGAGGACACUUACCCAGGUCUGCAGAGGUGCUGUUUGUGGAGGAGAGGGAGGUUGGAGAGGUGAGUAGGGUAAAGGAGCACAAAGAAGCUGAGGAACCAAGGCUAUAGCAGAGCUGAGGGCCUUGUUCCAUGAACUCUCAGUUUGACUGCCCGAGUCAUGGGUGACACACAAGUCCCAGAUAGGACUGCACAGCUGGGUAGAGAAGACAAGGAGAGAAACGAUGGACAGUCCGCAUCCUGGCUAAACAAGAAGCACCCAGCACCUCCACGGGUGGGUAACCCUAAAGGCAGAGUGUUCUAAAUCAUGCCUCUGAGUGACUGAGACCUCCUUCUGUGGGUCUGCUCCACCCCAGCACAAGGCAGAAGAGUGUCCAAAAUGUGGUCCCUGUGUUGGGUGCUCCUUAGAGCAAGUGAAGCCGGCUGAAGAGGAAGAGGCCGCGAGACUUCCCCUGCCUGUUCACCUCCAUCCUGUCCCCUCUGCCACCGGGGAGACACAACAAAAGCUUUAAAGGGCACUGUGGAGACAAAUGUCAUUCUCUUUAAAACACACACGAAUGCCUUUCUGGGUGCCUCCCCCAGAACCGCAGAGGGUGAGACCUGAAAGAAUGGCAAGCACCCAGCUCUAGGCCUGGCAGCACAGGGCGGGGCCCUGCAGCCAGACUGCUCUGUCGAUGUCACUUUCUCAUCACUACCCACCCUGAUGGUCUCACUCUCCCUCAUGAGCUCUGAUGCCCACCGCCACCUCCCCACGGAAGCAAUGCUUGUCGGAUUUUGCAAAAUCCUUCUUUACCCCCAUUACGGUUUGUAUUUAAGACUACUGCAGAAAUAAAGAGCCACAGGAAGUUCCAAACACUGGACACACCCUCCUAGGAAAACCUGGGCUCAAUGCCAGUACCAUGGGGGCUGGACUCAUGGGUCACAGAGAAGCAUGAGCCGGCUCGAUUUGUUAGAUGUAUCUCCUCGCCCGAUAACUAACAGUGUUUUAAAACAUAUUUGAAAGAUAAGUAAAAAACCAUUUUCUUAAAGGUGAAAAGAGUUAAGAAAAGUAAUCAAGAUCUGCUCCUGAGUGUAUGAGACCAGACAUAAUUAAUCAAUGGCAAUUCAGAACUUACGCUGGCUCUAAAUUAACAUCUGAUGGGAGGCAGGAGGAGUCAGUGGAAAGAAACCCAGAACCCUUAAAGACACACAUGAAUGCCCCAGCCCAAGCCCAGGAUGUGGCGAGGCAUCCCUGCAUUUCUCCCUUUUGUUCUUAUUGUUGCUUGAAAUCUGAGAUUUUGGAUUUGCAUUACAAAAUGAAUUUUUAAAAGAGCAACAGCCCUAAUAGCCUCAGUGGGGACCGAGUGGUCUGGGUUCCUCGCGAAUGGUGGAAAUAAUUAGUAUCAUAUUUUACUUGUCUCCUGAGCCUUUCAUCUUGAGGAGCUCAAAGGUCCUAGAAGAUGCUUAAUUUCUAAAGCUUGCAGCACCCUGGGGAGUAGGUAGAAUUAUCGGCAAGGCCUUGAUGGAUUAGCCAAGACCUUGGAUUCCAGAAUGUUCCAUGGUGAGAACUGAGGUAAUCCCUGAGGUCAGGCCCUGGAGUUAGGGCUGAGUUCUGCCUGCCAGACAACACCCUGUCCAUGCAGGAAAGUUAGAGGCAAGUACUCAGGAGAACCUGAUCUCUGGCAGGUUCCCUUCAGAAGAAGGCAGGAGGCCCAGGACACCCACACCUGCCCAUUCCCUAACUCAGCAGGUCCCAUGCUGUCCAAUCGCUUGGCACUGUGAUGGCGGGAGCUUUGGGGCCUUGGCUUCUCUUUCUCCAGUCAGGAGGCCGACUGCUCUUCCCCGCCUAGUCAGAGCCCCUGAGAGCCAGGCUCCCGGGGAGUCGAGCCCACACCCAGCACUCUGAUCCACUGCCUUAUAGCAGCUGCAGUCAGGCAUCUGUCAGCCUCAGCUGGCCCUCACCGCGGACGCUGUCCGUCACAUCUCCAGGCUGCCCGCCACUGCCCACUGGAAGCCUUCAGACCAUCUCCAUUUGCCUCAAGCCCUCUGCUCUACUCACCCUACCCUCAACGCCUCCCUUCACUGAAGAGAUGGAGCUGCCUGACGCGAGACCCCUCCUCAGACCCUCUUAGUCUCUUCCCUUCCCCUUCAUCCUCCCAUCUCUGGGAAAUGACUUUCCUUCUCUCGCCAGGUACAGUUCCUCUCACACCUGCGGCCCCUCUCUGCCAUCUCUAACCAGUUUACAAGCAGAUGUUCACUACACCCAGCCUGGCUCUCGUGGUCUCUUCGCUCACCUCCCAGCACCCAGGCCUUGUCAGGGCCCCCAGUCCCUCCUGCUGCCUUUCCUCCUGACCAUGCCAUGGCUUCCACAUCUGACCCAUUCCCAGGAUGGGCCCUGCAUGCCCUCCAUCUUGCCCAUUCGAAAGGGCCCUUCUCAUUGAGGAACUAUAGGGACUCCUCCUGGGCGCUCCUGGCCGUACUCACGCAUGCCAUGUCCUCAUGAGUCUCCCUUCCCUUCCAGGCCCCUUUCCCCACUUAUUUAUAUAUUUAUUUGUGUGUUUAUGCAUUCUGUAUGGACACUCCUACCUUGAUCUCAGAGCUAAAGUAGAUCUGCCCAGUCUCUCCCUCUCUUCUUGCCCUACAAUGUACACACUCUUACCUAGGGUCUUGCCCUCAGCCCCCUACACCCUCCAUCAGCAAGGUCACCCCGUCCUUUGGAUCUAGCCACCAACUCCCUAGGGGAUGUGGCCCUGUCCUCUCCCCAGCUCAGACUUCGUGUUGGACACACCCUCUCUACUCUGGCAGCAGCACCACGAAUUGAAUGCCUCUGAUGCCAGGAGCACCAUCUCUAGCUCCCUUCCCCUGCAACCUUUCUUUUAUUCUGUUGGAAGAUCCGUGAACCUCUCAACCACAGGGCCUACUGUCAUCUUCAAAUCUUCUCCCACAUCCUCCUCCGUUGCUUCUUCCCACUGGCGCCCACCUCGCCUCUUCACGUGUCCCCCAGACCGCUGAGUAGCGGCCUCCUCUUGUAGAUUUCCUCCGCGUGCUCCCACGUCCUCCAGCCCUCCAGAGCGUGCACAGUGAAGCACAGCUCCUGUUCCUCACGGGCCUUUGAAGUUCUCCUAGCCCACCAGCCAGUGCACAAGUCUUUCACCUGACAUUACAGCCCACCCUGCACCAGCCAAUCUGCAAGUGUUGCCAAUCCCGCAAGGAACACCUGUGUUCCCUGUCUCUGUGCCUUCGGUCUCCUCAUUCUCAUCCUCUAGAUACUCUUGAGUUUCCUCCAAGGCCAUGCAGAGACCGUGUCUUUCACAAAGCCCUCCCUGAUCCACUGACCACUGGGCUCUCUCCCUCUGCUGAACCACCGUAGCACUUUAUUUGUACCUUUCUCACGGCACUUACCAUAUUCUGCCUUGUAUUAUACUUAUUUGUGCACUUGUCCUAUGACUGUUCUUAGACUGUAAGCUCGCCAAGGGCAGAAGCUGUUUUAUUCAUUCGUAUCCAUCGCAGCAAUAGACGUGGUACAUAAUGGACAGCAGUUGCUCAAUAAAUGUUUGUUGGAUUCAAUCCUCAAUGCCUACAGAGGGCUUUAUCGUUACUGAAGCCA